CGUUUUGGAUUCGGCUUAUAGCUCCUUUAUAGCCUGCCUUGUGUUGCUAUUAAAUGGCGAAAACUUCUUUGCACCCCCUUUGUUUGUUUGAGUCUUCAAUAAGUUCGUUCCACGAGCCUUCUGACGAGGAUACGCCAGAGAACAACUAAACGUAUUAAAUGACAAAACUUAACCCUGUUAAGAUGAGUAAGCCCCCGGGUGGAUGCGCGUGAGAAGAACUAAACUACAAGACUCCUACCUAAUAUCUUGCUAUAGGCGCUUUUGGCUUUUGACUUGUUUAUGUAUGAUUACGAUAGAACUAGGGGCGCUAGCGUUGAUGCAAAAUUCCUAUUCUUGCCUAAGCCUUCUACUUACUUUUCGAGUAUAGCCUUGUGAGGAACUUAACUUUAGCUCUUCGAAUGACAGAAACAUCUUUCUUGCUCUAUGCGAAGAAUAGCCCUUAAAGCUGGGGAAGGAAGAAGUGUGAAAGCAAGCAAGUCAAAUUCAGGCACAUUAGUAAGUUCUUUUCUCUGAAGAAUGUUCGAACUCAGACAUAGAUGACUGGGAUCACUACACUGGCUUUGUUGGUUGGUUUGAGGUAGGCAAGUAAAGAAUAAGAAAUUAGGCAGGGACCACGCUACACUCUCACCUCUCUCGAGCUACAGGAACCCUAAGCCAGGUAUGAUGCUGACUUUGCAAGCGCAGGGAAAAGAGCUGGUAGUGAUUCUUCGGGACAAAGGCCAAGGGUGAAGCCGGGGAAGUUUAAUAUUUAAUCAAUUCAUAAAUGACAUCGCCUUUAGGGGCGCCGUUUUCAUCCAACUAGAAAUAUCGUAUGAGAAGCAAAAGAAUGUUACGUUACGCCCAAAAGUCCCAUGCAUCCUUUCUUUCUUUGGUCAACAACCAAGCACAACUCAAUAGAAUGAAUUCUUCAAGACUCCUACAUGAACUUUCUGUCUGGAGGGAAUCAAUUUUUCUCAAUCAAUCACUACACUAUGUUUCCACUCCAUUUUCAUUACGAAGAUGUCUCACGUCAGGAUCCGUUGCUCAAACUGAAUCACGCCAACGUUAUGGAAGUUCCUAGAUCGUGUGAAAUAAGACUAGUACCAAAGGCACCCUAUGAUUUCAUAAUCAAAAAUGGAAAAUUGGCUAUGGAGAUUCCGCGCGGUCAGAAAUUAAUACAGACACACAGGGGUUCGACAGGAAAGUCGUUUCGAUCAAAUCCAUUCUUGGGGUCAAAUAAAGACAAAGGAUAUGUCAGUGACCUAGCACGACAAAGCACUCUCCGAGGGCAUGGAAUGUCUAAUUUUUCGGUAAGAAUCUCGACAGUAAUGUCUCUGGUGGAUUCUCCGGUCGAAAGACGGCUAAACUCAAUUCAAUUCUCGAUGGAAACGGAGUUGUUCGAAUUCUCCCCGGAACUGGAAGAUCAUUUCGAGAUCUUCGAACAUAUUCGAGGGUUCAAUGUGACUAUUGUAACUUCGGCCAACACACAAGAUGAGACUUUACCACCGUGGAGCGGCUUUUUGCAAAAAGAUGAGGGAGAUUCUGAGUAAGAGAUGUUAUGGACGAAUUGUUUGAAGCGUUUCUUCCCUUUAUUGAAAAAGUUGGAGAAGCUGCCGGGCUUAAGGAGGACUCUGAUGCCACAUCUUCACUUGACUUCAAGCAGGAAGUAGACCAGCCGUCUGAAGCCUUUAAGAAUAGAAAGAAGGUUGAGGCUGAUUGGACCCUCUUCGUGCCUGACUUCUCUAUUGAUCUGACCGGCUCGAUUGAGACAGAGAGUAAAGGUGCGAAUCGGCUAAAAGGCUGAGUCCGAGACUGGGAGAAGAACUUGCAAGAAAUGCAGACUUCGCUCCGCACCUUUAGGUAAAGAUCCCCAAUGUCCAAUCUUCCUUUUAUGGAGAUAUUCUUUUAUGUAACUUCCGGUAAGAAAGGGGAUAGAUUAUCGAAAAAAAGAUGUGCGCACGAGAGGAUUCUAACUUUCAUACAUAGAAGAAUGAUUGGCAAAGCACUCGAACAAAGCCCUUAGCUUCUAACUUCAUUCAUUCGAAAGGUCGCUGGAAUUUAGUUAGGAGCAAAUCCGUCACUGGACGAGGAAGGAAAGGGAAGGAAGAUAUGUACAAGAGAAAAAGUAUAUUAGAAAGCGUUAACAAGACUAUCAGACCAAGAACAGAACUGCUGGAGGAACAACUACCUAAGGCUGAAAAUGACAUAGAAUAAGUGGAAUCUCAUGCACACUUUGAGGGAGGUGGUUAACCGGUGCUUAGAGAACUACCUGGGAUGCCGAUAGACCAAGGGAAUGGGUACGUUGGUUACCCUGGGCAGAAUAGUGGUACAAUACCACUUAUCAUUCGGCAACCAAACAAAGACCGUUUGAAGUGGUAUAUAGGCGCCCACCGCCUCUAAUUACGUCCUAUACUCCUUAGUCCAACAAAGUGCAUCAAGUUGAUUGCGACUUACGCUAGGGAUUGUGUUUUGCAAUUUGGAAAGGAGAAUUUGCAUGGAGCUCACAGGCCCGGACCCUCUAAGUAUGGGGAGUGCCACUACUGCUUUCAUUGUUCUACUAUUGAGUUGAGUGCAAGUCUCGCUCAUUGAAUUGCCGCGGUGGCCUCAAGUGCUGAUUUUCAUUUCUUCGUUGAACGUUCCGGUUUUGGUAAGCGGUUUGACUGCUUUCCUUGAGAAGGUGGUAGAUUGUGGCUAACACUAUUCCGAAUCGGUGUCCCUGGGGCCCAUACAGUACCAGGGGAGCGAGCCUCUUUUUUAUCUAUUCUAAAUUCUCAUUCGAUUACGGCAUCAAAAUAGAAAAACUCACAUUGGGUUGGGUUUAGGGAUAAUCAGGCUCGAACUGAUGACUUCCACCACGUCAAGGUGACACUCUACCGCUGAGUUAUACCCCUUCCCUUGCCCCUAUCGAGAAAUAGAACUAACUAAUCCUAAGGCAAAGGGUCGAGAAACUCAACGCCACUAUUCUU